CUGCUGGGAGUUGCGCUUCAGUACCAGAGCGCAUCUCAUCCUGCAGCCGGUGGCAGGGUCUAGGAUGUCUUCGGCUUCAGGAGACAACGGGACCUCCUGCACGCUGGAGUUCGCCGUGCAAAUGACCUGUCAGAGCUGCGUGGAUGCGGUUCGCAAGUCCCUGCAAGGGGUGGCAGGUGUCCAGGGCGUGGAGGUGCAGUUGGAGAACCAGAUGGUCCUGGUACACACCACCCUGCCCAGCCCGAAAGUGCAGGCCCUCCUAGAGAGCACAGGGCGGCAGGCAGCACUCAAGGGCAUGGGCACUAGCCUAUUACAGAAUCUGGGAGCAGCAGUGGCCAUUCUUGCGGGGGUUGGCCCCGUGCAGGGAGUGGUACGCUUCCUACAGCUGAGCCCCGAGCGCUGCCUCAUCGAGGGGACCAUUGACGGCCUGGAGCCUGGCCCACAUGGCCUCCAUGUCCAUCAGUAUGGGGACCUGACCAGGAACUGCGCCAGCUGUGGGGACCACUUUAACCCUGAUGGAAUGUCUCAUGGGGGCCCCCAGGACGCUAACCGGCACCGCGGAGACCUGGGGAACGUCCUUGCUGACGCUGACGGCCGAGUUGUCUUCAGGAUGGAGGAUGAGAAGCUGAAGGUGUGGGACGUGAUUGGCCGCAGCCUGGUUAUUGACGAGGGAGAGGAUGACCUGGGCCGCGGUAGCCACCCCUUAUCCAAGGUCACCGGGAACUCGGGCAAGAGGUUGGCCUGUGGCAUCAUCGCACGCUCUGCUGGCCUGUUCCAGAACCCCAAGCAGAUCUGCACCUGUGACGGCCUCACCAUCUGGGAGGAGCGGGACCGGCCCAUCUCUGGGGAGGGCCGAAAGCAGCCAGCCCAGCCCCCUGCCCACCUCUGAGCCCCGGGCCUCAGCGUUGGGUCUAUUCCUGUCGCUUCCCAGCUGAGCAGCCUCCAUUUCCAGAAGGAGCCGAGGGAGGUCUUGCUUGCCCAGCCCUGGGAGAGCUAGGGUGCAGGGGGGUGGGGGUUGCUGUAAUGUUCCUGUGGCAAAUUAAAGCUUUGUUUUCAU